AUGCGAGGUAAAGUUAAGUGUGAAUCUUUACAGUUUGAUCCAGAAAUCGAGAAGACUGCUAAGAGGAAUCAGAAGCAAGCCAGAACAAAGAAGAUAGAGGAAUCCUCGAGUUCAGUGCCUAAAACCGAACCCGAGAUGGCCGCCAAUAGUCAACCACCUCCUGCGAAGGAAUUGAUGGAGUCAAUCUUGGCUCCAAUGUUUACAAGGCCAAAUUCAAGCAUCAUCCGACCACCAAUCAAUGCCAAUAAUUUUGACAUUCAGCCAGCACUGAUAAACUUGGUUGAGAAAAAUUCAUUUGGCGGAGAAGACUAUGAAGACCCCAAUGAUUUUAUGGACAGAUUUCUGAGAAUCUGUGAUACAACCAAGCAUAAUGGGGUGUCCGAUGAUGCAAUUAGACUCAGACUAUUUCCUUUUGUUGUAACAGGGAAAACUCUGAGAUGGUUGGAUAGACAAGACCCCAACAGCAUCACAACUUGGGAUGAUUUGGCUGCUAAAUUCUUUGCAGAGCACUUCUCUAGGGAGAAAUACAACAAAUUGGUGAAUGAGAUCACCAACUUUACUCAACAUCUGGGAGAAACUUUAUGUGCAACUUGGACCAGGUUCCAAGAAUUGAUCAGGAAGUGUCCCCAGUACGACUUGCCGGACGGAAAGAAGGCCAGAGUUUUCUAUAACGGAAUGACGCCGGAAUCCAGGAUGGUAGUCAAUGGUGCAGCCGGUGGGACAAUAGCAAAGAAGACAGCAGCUGAAACUUUAGAGCUGAUCGACUUCAUGGCAAGGGCUGAUAACGCAUCAAUACCAGUUCAACCAGUGCAACCAAGAAGGGGAAUCCUGCAUUUGGAAAACAAUGAUGCAUCACUUGCAGAACAAAAGAUCUUAUCUCAACAGAUUGCAAGUCUGAAUGCCAAGUUGGAUAAGUUGCACUUCUCUACAGCUCACGUUGACUCGGUCAACUGUGAGUACUGCCGAGGUGAGCAUGAUACUAACGUUUGCCCAACAUUUGUAGGAACAUAUGCUUUACAAUUCAAUGGAAUCUGGUACGAACCAAAACCACAGCAGAAUUAUGAAAGAAACCAGAACAGUGCUCCAGGGAACAACUUCCAAAGGAGAGUGCAAGGAACAGGUUUGGAUUACAAAUCCAACAACUAUAUACAACCUCCACCAGUCCCACAAACUCCAAUAUCUGAACUGGAGAGAGCACUGAUACAGUUGACGAAAAAUACUGACACAUUUAUGGAAGAGACCAGGACUCAUCAUAAAAAUCAAGAUACUUCAAUCAGAAAUCUAGAAACACAAAUUGGGCAGUUGUCAAGACAAUUAGCUGAGAGAAGUCCUGGAACAUUCCCUAGUGACACUAUAAUCAACCCAAGGGAGCACUGCAAUGCCAUCACUACUAAAAGCGAAGAUCUAGAAAAAGUGGAAGCUUCUACAAGGAAGAAUGAGCACACUCAAGAAGACAAGGAAGAAGCAAAUGAGCAAUCUUCUGCAGUUCAAAAGAAGUAA